CGCUCACAGCACGCUUGAAAGCCGGUACAGCAUGCCGCCAGACGAUUUGGACAAGCUCUCGCCUGAUGCGCAGCUAGAGGGACGGCCAUUGCAAACGGCACCAGUUCGGUUGGCUACGGCCGGCUGGAUUUCAGCUACUAUUUAUUAAGCUGCUCGUGCCCCGGACUUUGAUGUCUAACUGCACUACUCCAUCUCUAACACCUUCUUGAUACCUUUUGUUGUUUGAUCUUCCCUAUCCUCUACAUACUCAAGAUGGACCCAAACACACAGACAGCGCCUGAGCCUCAGGAGAAUGGCCAGCAUCGCUUCGAUCCUAACUUCACCGACGCCGUCAUCAACGCCAUUGGCCCAAAUGUGCCAGAGCGGACACGAUUCGUCAUGGGAAAGCUGAUCAGGCAUCUCCACGACUUCAUCCGUGAGGUCGAGCUUACCAACGAGGAGUGGUUCGAGGGUGUACGAUUCGUCAACUCUAUUGGCAAGACCACAACUUCCACCAGGAACGAGGCGCAUCGUAUCUCAGAUGUUCUGGGCGUAGAAUCAUUGGUCGACGAGAUUGCACACAGGCACAUUAACGAGUCUGGAGAGACACCUACUUCAUCCACAAUCCUCGGCCCCUUCUGGUCACCACACUCGCCAUUCCGCGACCUUGGCGACACCAUCAUUCGCAACCCACACCCCGAUGGCCAGACAACUCUCAUGCAUGGUGUAGUCAGGGAUCUUGACACCAAGAAGGGCAUCCCCAACGCAGUCAUCGACAUCUGGCAAGCAAGCGCCAACGGAAAGUACGAUUUCCAAGAUCCGGAGAACCAAGAGCCAAACAACCUGAGAGGAAAGUUCACUACAAACGAGAAUGGCGAGUACUGGUACUACUGCUACAAGCCAACAGCGUACUCGCUACCUACUGAUGGCGCUGCUGGUCAACUUUUCAAGACCCUCGACCGCCACCCUUUCCGUCCCGCACACAUCCAUCUCAUGGUUUCCGCCGAGAACUACAAGCCACUCAUCACACAACUAUACCCCCGCGAUGACCAAUGGGUCACCAAUGACACCGUCUUUGCGGUCAAGGACGACCUGCUGCUAGACUUCGAGCCCAGCAAAGACCCCAAGGCGAAGCUCGACUUGACAUACAAUGUUACCCUUGCACCAGCAGGCAAGAAGACGACCAGGUUGGAGGGUAUUCCCAGGCUACCGAACAUGCGCGUCCCUUACGCCCCAAACGAGCCCCCAAAUGAAGAAGCUCGCCCCAUCUACGAGCGCAUCGCCGAGCGACGAAAGCCCCGCCCCCUCAUCCCUCUCGACCUCGCCCUCCUACACAACCCCGCCGUAGCGGACGGCUGGAACUCGUUCAUCGGCGCGAUACGCACCAAGACCAGCUUACCUGCCAAUCUCAAGGAGCUGGCCAUAAGCCGUAUUGCCGUGCUGAACCAUGCAGUUCAUGAGUGGGAUGUACAUGCCGCUCUAGCAUUGAAAGCGGGCGUUUCCAAACAAGUGCUACAAACUGUGUUCGAUUUACCCGUUACGAGACACGGAGAAGUGGAGAGGGAAGGUCUAUUGGGAUUCAGCAAGGAGGAGUACGCGGUCAUGGUAUACACGGAUCAGAUGACUGUGGGUGUGCAGGUGGAAGAUGGGGUUGCGGAGAUGGUUAAGUCAGUGCUGGAGGAUACCAUGGUUGUCGAGUUGACAGCGACGGUCGCAGGGUAUAAUGCCCAUCCAAAAGCCUUCACACCACCCACGCAAUCCGACCUCGACGAACUCCGCGAUUCAGUCCGUGACUUUGCCCAGCGAGAGAUCCCCGAAGAAGUCGCCGCGCGUACCGACAAGCAGAAUGAAUUCCCCAACGACAUGUGGCAGAAGUUUGGCGAGGCCGGCUUCCUGGGCAUAACAGCCGACGAGGAGUUUGGCGGACUGGCCAUGGGAUACCAAGCACACUGCGUCGUCAUGGAGGAGUUGUCACGGGCGAGCGGCAGCAUAGGACUGAGUUAUGCGGCGCACAGCCAGUUGUGUGUCAACCAGUUGAUGCUGAACGGGAAUGCGGAGCAGAAGAAGAAAUACUUGCCAGCCUUGAUCAGUGGAGAGAACAUCGGAGGAUUGGCUAUGAGUGAGCACAGCGCGGGGAGUGAUGUAGUCAGCAUGAAGACGACGGCCAAGGAGGUGGAUGGUGGCUAUCUGCUCAAUGGAACCAAGAUGUGGAUCACGAAUGGCCCAGACGCGCACGUAAUAGUCGUAUACGCCAAGACUGAACCCAACGCCGCUUCCAAAGGCAUCACAGCCUUCAUCGUCGAGACCUCCACAAAGGGUUUCAGCGUCGCCAACAAACUAGACAAACUCGGCAUGCGCGGCUCCAACACAGGCGAACUGGUCUUUGAAGACGUCUUCGUCCCCAAGGAGAACGUCCUUGGCGAGAUAAACCGCGGCGUCCGCGUCCUGAUGGAGGGCUUAGAUCUCGAGCGCCUUGUCCUCUCCGCAGGACCACUCGGCCUCAUGCAAGCCUCGCUCGACAACGUCCUGCCCUACACACACCAAAGAAAGCAGUUUGGCACACCAAUUGCACACAACCAGCUUGUACAGGGCAAGUUGGCGGAUAUGUACACAAAGUACCGCGCUAGUCAGGCCUUCACAUACAGCGUGGCACGCGCCGUCGAUGAGUCGCAUGCCAGCCCUGAUAUCAAGACACAGGACUGUGCGGGAGCGAUUCUAUAUGCCGCAGAAAGGGCAAGCGAGGUUGCGGCUGAUGCGGUCCAACUGAUGGGCGGUAUGGGAUACAUGAAUGAAGUUCCUGUAGGAAGGAUACUCAGGGACGCCAAGUUGUACGAGAUUGGUGCUGGAACAAGUGAAGUGAGGAGAAUGGUCAUCGGACGAGCGUUCAACAAGGAGUGGAAGCAAGAGAUAUGAAGACCAACACAAUGACGAAGUGAUGCGCAUCAAAACAAAAGUUAAAUACCCGGUAUGAAUUGUGUAUAGAAAUGCAAAUCAUACACGCCUCGAUAUGAUUACAAUGACAUGGUGUCCGUCAG